AUGGCUACUCUCAAGACCAUAUCGUUUCUUGCUCUAUUAGCAUCAUCUACUGUCGCUGUACCGUUCGAGAACGCACCAGAAGCUGUGCGGUCGAUUCUCAAGAGGACCAACCCUUCCAUCGCUUCGGAUUUUACUGCCCAGCAAAAGACUCAGAUCGAGGAUGCAUUGAAAGAUGUGAUCAGUCUAAGUGUGGAAGCAGUCGCUGCCCUGGAUGAUGACGACCGUGACGAAAUAAUUGAAAACUAUUUCGACGAGGAUGACAAGGACACUGUCCGAGACGUCUAUCUCAAAAUUAUGGGUGACCCCGAUGAUCCUACAAACCCAGACCCCACCGGCAAUUCCAUGCUGGGCAACAUCGAAAUUGUAAAGGACUAUCAGGACGUAAAUGGUGAUUACAACUGCGACGAUGGAACCAUGGCGCUUCUGGUCGACUGGAGCACAGACAACCCGCAUCUCAUCCUAUGCGAUUUAGCAUUCACCCAUGGUGGGAUCGACAAGGGCUACGACAAUGUCCAAAAAAUUGAUUGUGACUGGGUCGACGACAGAGUGACCUGGAAAAUACAUUUUGAGAAACUAGUCGUACCUCCCCUCGACCUGGAUGUCACUGACGAGGAAGACGGUUAUGGGCCUGUCAACACACGAAAACUCGACAAGGACAAGGCUCUGUACAACGCCGACAGCUACGCUUGGUACGCCACCGAGGCGUUCUGGACAAAGCAUUGUGAUAACGACUACGGUGAGCCCGAAGACGAUGACGACAAGGAUCCCAAUUGCAACGACGAGGCCUGUCAAGAUGCAACGGCAUAG